AUGGCCGGCUUCUUCUCACUAGGCGGCCACCCCGAAACCAACCCGGACGCCAGCUGGUUCCUUUUCCGGCAACAUCAAGAGAACCCUAACCCCGAGAGAGGCGGAUUAUUCGAGCUCUGGUACCCAAGCCCUAGCAACCAUGAGGAAGAAAGCAGGUUCCUCCUCCAGGAUCUGUACACGGUGGGUUCCGGCUACAAUCCGCCGGCGCCGGCGAGAGGGGGUUUGUUGAUGGUGAGGGGUGGGGUGAGCUGCCAGGACUGCGGGAACCAGGCGAAGAAGGACUGCGCCCACAUGAGGUGCCGGACGUGCUGUAAGAGCCGAGGGUUCGAUUGUCAGACACACGUCAAGAGCACGUGGGUCCCGGCCGCCAAGAGGAGAGAGAAACAACAACAACAACGACGACGACAACAACAACAAAUGGCUGUCUUACGGAAAAGGCAGAGAGAUGAUGAUGAUGAUGGUGAUGAUAAUGGUGGUGGUGAAGGGGGCUCGAGUUCCCUUAUGUGCACGAAUGGGCCGCCAGGAAUGGAGGUCGGCAAUUUCCCACCGGAAUUGAGCUCGGAGGCUGUUUUCCGGUGGGUGAGGGUGGCGGGCAGCAACGGGCACCAUCACGCGUAUGAAGCGACUGUCAGUAUUUCCGGCCACAUUUUCAAGGGGAUUCUUUACAAUGAGGCCGCCGAGAGCCAGUACAUGGCGGCAGCCGGGGAGAUCUCGUCUGGAAGUGCCACCGGAGGUGGCGGCGGUGGCGAUGGCAGCUUAGCCUCACCUUUUCUUGACCCUUCUUGGUAUGCACCGCGGCCGAUCAACAGUCUUUUUCAGUGA